AAUGGCGCGAGCAGAGAGAGCAACGGGCAAUCAGAAAAGAAUGGCUUCCCUCCGUCUCAUGUCCGCGCACAUCUCUCCCACCCACCCGAUUCUGCAAACCACAUGGCGAUCGCGCAUUCCUCCCUCCCCUGGGUAAAAAGCUCCGCCCUCCCCAUCACCUCCCCCCCUCCACACCAUUUCUUCCCAAUUCCACCCGCCGCCGGGGCUGAUGUUGUAGGGGGCGCUGCGCUGUGCGGUGGCGGUGCUCAGCUCAUCCCUACCCCCUCCAGCAUCCGUCGAUUAGGGUUUUGGUGGUCAGGCCAUGGGUUGUAUCAGCUCCAAAAAUGCCAGGCCUGAUUCCCCAGACCUAUACGGCGUCGUUUCCACCUCCAAAGCCAAGCGGAUUCCCCUCUCCUUUUCCUACUCUUCCUUCCUACCCGCCCAAUCGCCGCUGGAGAAGAUCACCGAGGAGGAGGAUGAGGAGAAACAUGUAAUUUCCUUGAAUUCGGGGCAUUCGGGAAAUUUGAAAUCCCUAAGGAGAGGAUCCUCCCGUAGAAGGGCUGGCUUUAGCUUUAAGCUUGGGAGAUUGACUGAGGGCGAGCUUGUCGCCGCCGGCUGGCCUGCUUGGCUCUCCUCCGUCGCCGGAGAAGCCAUUGACGGAUGGUUGCCUUUGAGAGCAGAUUUGUUCGAACGAUUAGAUAAGAUCGGACAAGGUACAUACAGCGAUGUUUACCGCGCCCGCGAGCUGGAAACGGGUCGAUUCGUCGCUGUUAAGAAGGUUCGGUUCGAUAAUUUCCACCCGGAGAGCGUUCGAUUCAUGGCUCGUGAAAUCACGAUCCUUCGCAGGCUUAACCAUCCCAAUGUCAUGAAGCUUGAAGGAAUAAUCACUUCCCGAUUUUCGAGUCAUAUAUAUCUCGUCUUCGAGUACAUGGAACACGACCUUGCCGGGCUGCUGGCUUCUCCGAACAUCAGAUUCACCGAGGCGCAGGUUUUGUUGUCCAUCCGAAUUUUAGAAUUGUCGAAUGAAAUGAAAUCAUUUUCACUGUCGCUUUUGGAUUUGAACUUUUUGCAGAUAAAAUGCUAUAUGAGACAGAUAUUGAGCGGAGUCGAACACUGCCACUCGCGCGGCGUAGUGCAUAGAGACAUUAAGACAUCGAACAUCUUAGUCAACAACGAAGGGAUUCUGAAAAUUGGGGAUUUUGGGCUUGCAAAUUUCAUGAGGCCUAAGAACAAGCAGCCAAUGACUAGCCGUGUGGUGACGCUGUGGUACCGCCCGCCUGAGCUUCUCUUGGGGGCGACCGAGUACGGCGAGGCCGUCGAUCUGUGGAGCGUGGGAUGUGUCUUUGCCGAGCUUUUUAUCGGAAGGCCAAUCCUCAAAGGCAGAACUGAGGUUGAACAGCUGCAUAAAAUCUUUCGACUCUGCGGAUCCCCGCCCGACGAGUACUGGAAAAAAUCGAAACUUCCUCUGGCUAAUAUGUUCAAGCCGCAGUAUCCGUACGAAAGCACGCUUCGCGAAAGAUGUAAAGAGCUUCCGAAAAGCGCCGUUAGCCUGUUGGAAACUUUCCUCUCUUUCGAGCCUUACAAGCGCGGCUCAGCUUCGUCGGCACUUAAUUUUAAGUAUUUCCACACAAAACCAUAUGCUUGUGAUCCUGCAAGUUUGCCGCAGUACGCUCCGAGCAAAGAGUUUGACGCCAAACUUCGGGAUGACUUAAGAAGGAGACGAUCGGGGCACACGGCGCAGCCACACGGAGGUACAAGAAGCUCGAGAAGAGUCCAGAAGCCACUGCAAGAAUCGACAGACGCAUCCAAAGUCAUUCCGGCCGAGGUUGGCGACGGUAAUAAUAAGAGGAGCCAAGGCGAAAGUUCCAACGUGUAUUCCAAGAGGAGAAUGGCAUCGACGACAACGUCGCAGGGAUCGAACAUGUCAAAUUCUUACACAGGUCAAAAGGCGACCGCGUCGUCGUCAUCCUCUUCGAAGAGCCGGCAUUACAUUCCCUUAGAACAACCACCGAAGCUAUUGCAGGCGGAUGACAUCGCAGCAGUAGACAUGGAUGAUCUAGAAAACAACGAUUCCUCAGACAGGACAUGCACGACAACGACGACGAACAAGGAUGCCAAGCCGGAUAUCGGCGAUUCCUCCAAUCUUUACGCGCCUCAUGAGCCGUACAUGGAUGCCGAUAACAAGAAGAAGAAAUCCCAGGUCGCAUUCUCAGGACCGGUGAUAUAUCAUUACGAAGAAGUUUCUUACAACGACAAAGACCAUCCGGUCCAACAAGUUCGCCAAAGAUCGCGAUUCUACCAAGAUUCAUGAUCGAGCUAGAUGGAUCCAAAAAUCGUGCGCCGAAUGGUGUGAAUAGACGCUCGGAGAGAAGAAGGAUCGGAUCGAUAUCGAUCGAUCAGUAAAUAUAUUUUGAUUGUAGAUGUGAUCCUCUUUCCCUUUCGAUCCGAGGAAUAUAUAUAUGCAUGUCUAAAAACCAAAUUGUUGGUACAUUCUGUGUCUUGUUGUUUUUAUUCUUUCUUUUUUCUUUUUUUUUUUUUCUCUGGAUUAAUUCCGACCUGAAUCCUCUGCGUAUAUAUAUAUGUGUGUAUGAAUUAUGUAUGUCUUUAUGUCUCUUUU